AUGGAAUUUACUCCGAUUUCACUUGUCUAUUUGCUCUUCAUCUUUAUCACUAUUACAUUCUGGCUCACAAGAUCAAAUCGAAAGCUUAACCUUCCACCGUCUCCAGCUACAUCUUUGCCUGUGAUCGGCCACCUCCAUCUCCUCAAGCCACGGCUCCACCGGCUACUACUCUCCUUCUCCCAGUCCCUCGAAAAUGCUCCUAUCUUCCACCUCCGCCUCGGAAACCGCCUCGUUUACGUCGUUUCCUCACGUUCCAUCGCCGAAGAGUGCUUCACCAAAAACGAUGUCGUUCUCGCGGACAGACCCGUGUUCACCGUCAGCAAGCACAUCGGCUAUAACGCCACUCAUAUGGUAGCAGCACCCUACGGCGAGCACUGGAAGAACCUCCGCAGAAUCGCCGCAGUCGAGAUAUUUUCGUCUCAGAGACUCAAUACGUUUCUGUAUAUCCGUAAGGACUAG